AUGUCCGAAAGAGAAAUAAAAAAACUCGCCACAAGGCUCAACGGGUUCAUUGAGCUGGUGUACCUGUUGAAAAACAACGCUGGUGCGUCCAUCGCCAAUGACUUCCACAAACUUCCUCCUAGAACUGGCACAGACUACUAUAAAGUGAUCACCCGCCCGAUUUCGCUCCACAUCAUCGCUAGACAGGUGAAAAGACUAGCCUACAGGGAUGCCCAGGAGUUUGUACGUGACUUGGCACAAAUAACGUGGAAUGCACGCCACUACAACGAGCCAGGGUCUCAGAUCUACGAAAACGCUCUAAUCUUGGAUAACUUAAUCAAGGAUACCGUGAUUCCCAAGCUUUCUUCGGAUAAGAAUCUCGCGUUGCUGACGAAUGUGCACUAUCCUGAUUUGGGUCCCUUGGACGACUAUGACCAUCUUGCAAUGGAUGGUGAGGGCAAUAGUGCACUGCCAUUCAUGAAGAAUGAGGACUACGACGACGACGAGCACUCUUCCUCGUACCACUCGCACAGCAAGUCGUCAUCUCAAGCUUUAAAAGCGGCAGAGGGCGGUGUGAGGCGUGGGCGUCCUCCUAUUAUCGACAAGCCAUACGAGUCCAGGAUUAAAUCGAUUCUCAAGAACUUCAAGAGAAUACGCCAUCCUGACGAUGAAAACCUCAUCUUGACUUCCCACUUUGAGAGGUUGCCCGAUAAGUCGACACCGGGCUACUACAACAUCGUCGCACACCCCAUCUCCCUACAUGAGAUUAGAACAAAGGUGCGUUCGAGAAAAUACCACGAUGUGCAACAGUUCCUAGACGAUUUGAACCUCAUGAUUGGAAAUGCCAAAUUGUACAAUGCCUCUGAUCCUGCAAUGAUGAACGAUGUGCUUAUGUUUGAAAAACAAGCAUCAGAAAUUAUCGAUAAGGAGAUGGCAAGACCCGAGAAGGAUUUCAUUGUCGCUACGACCGGUUCAGAUAAUCCAAAAAGCCUCAAGACACCUAUAGAUUCUGUCACUGUAAAUGGCCGCGCAUAUAAGGUCGGUGACUGGGUUCUCAUAAAAAACCCUAAUGAUGCUAACAAGCCAACCUGUGGUCAAAUUUUCCGAUUGUGGACCUGUGACGGUAUUGAGUACACUAAUGUUUGUUGGUACAUCCGUGCAGAGCAGACCUGUCAUCGUGUGGACAGAUUGUUCUACAUGAACGAGGUGUGCAAAACCGGUGAAUAUAGAGACCACUUGGCUGAAGACAUUGUUGGACCAUGUUACGUGAUCUUCUUGACCCACUAUCAGAAAGGUGACAUACCUCCUAACUUGCUUCCUCCAGGUUCAGAGUGGUUCAUAUGUGAAUUCCGAUACAAUGCCAACAACUAUGUCUUCAACAGAAUUAGAACGUGGAAGGCCUGUUUGCCCGACGAGAUCAGACAUAUUGAUCAGCCAAUCGUUCCUAUCAAUGAGCCUAGAAAGCUUAUCAAGUAUGAGUCUCCUAUCAAGCAUUUGUUGCCCGCCAACGCCUACGACGAAAUGCCAGCGUCUCCUCCUCAGCAGGGCGCCAAUCCCAAUGGUCCGCCAGUUGUUGGCUCAGUCUACCUUAGGCCCCCAUUCUAUAACGAUGAGCUUGGGCAGUGUUCGACGUCGCCAAAUGUUGCACCAGCCCCCGAGUUCGACGACCCCGUGUCUGGUCGUAAGGCCUACAUCUUCACACCAGUUUCUCAGCUCAAGUCUGUGACUGGAUCAGGUAUAUACUCUUCCUCGGGCACACGUUCUGUUUCUGUGAACUACAUUCCAGGGCAGCACGAAGAUGCCCCACUCCCAAGUAACCCAGGGAACCCGUCUUUUGACAACUACAGACAGCCAUACACACCCCAGCCUCCAGCACAACCCCCAAUUGGUACAUACAAGCCGUACGUGCCAAAGACUUACCGAGCUGACUCGCCUGCAAUCAGCUCACGUGCGACUCCACCGGUUGCAUCUCCUGCUGCUUCCGGUUACCAUGCCUCAACUUCGGUAUACUCUACAGUUCUACCAGGAGGAGUUGUUUCGUAUGUUGAAAAGGCCCCAGAAGAAGGUGAAGAGUCUUCUGACUUGGGAGAAGUGAGUAAGUCUCUCAUCAACUUGAAUGGGCAAAAAAUAUGGUUCCGUUCACCCCCCUCGAUGAUUAGUGGCAUUACGGUGAACCCCGUGGGCCACAGCGCUAAGUAUUUGGCCUGGAAGGCGAAAAAGCAAAAGACAGGUGAAGCAGCUUAA